CGAGAGUCGUCCAUAGCACCACCUCCUAUUCCGAAACCUUUACCACCAUUGCCCGUCUCGCCACUUUAGUCGGGCACGACAGCGGCAAAGAUGGAGGAGUUGGCAUCCUCCUUGCCUCAACACAUACUUCUGCAGAGAUAUGCGGCGGUUCACCGGCCGAGGUCACAAUCACCUUCGGGGGUCUUGCAGGAGGAGGUUGGCCACCGUGCCACUCCGGCGGACAGGGGGUUGCUACCUCGAGCGGAGGAGGAGGUCACGAUAGCGGCAACGGUGGAGGGGGAGGUAACAGCAGUGGAGGAGGAGGUACCAGCAGUGGCGACGGGGGAGGAGGAGGUGCCAGCUGGAGCAGCAGUGGAGGGGGAGAUAGCAGCUGCAGUGGAGGGGGAGGAGGCAGUAGCGCCAAUUUCACGAUCAAACGUUGUUAUGAAGCAUGAUGGUGCGGACGCCACUGGCCCAGGGGGGGUUGACGAUGCCGAGAAGCACCUCAUGCAGCAGUUUAUUACGAACGAUCUUGAUGUAGUCGGAGGCGAUUUCACCCCGGGUGUGGCGAGGGGGAUGGGGAUGUCUCCUACCAGAAGGGGGGCGGUUUCAGAGAUGGGGACCCACUUUGACUUUGACAUGUCGAUGGGCGCUCCCCCUAUUUGCGGUGGGAGGGCAUCGACGGAUCGGGCGUCUUCGUUGGACGAGGUGGCAGGCAAGACAGGGUCGCAGACCUUGAGAGAGAGGAUGUCAGCGGAGUCUCCAGAUGUAGCACUUGACAUCAUGGAGCGAGAGAGGGCUUGACUUAUGGCAUUCAACGACCCUC